UUGUAGAACAUAAAUCAGCCUAAAUAAUUAAGUGAUUAAAUUCUUCCCUGAAAAUGAUUAUUUAUUUUCUUAGUCAAUAAAGUGAAUUGGAGUUCACUACAUAGAAUUUUUUUUAGAAAAAACACAGACAAUAAUUUAGUAAAGCAAUGAAACCCUUUGUACUACGUUUGUCACUGAUUAUUUUUGUUCCUCUGCUUCUCUCCCUCUUGUUUUUGACUUUUAUGCCAAAGGAAACAGCUAUGGCAACCUAUGAAGCAUUUGGAGUGAGGAUAGAGAAGAAUCCAUCACAAUCCAAACUCAAUGAACUUGGAGUUUCAACUUGGCCUAAGUGGGAAGGUGGUCCAACAAAAAUUCCAUGGUCCUUUAAAGAAGAAGAAACAAUGUAUCUACUAGAAGGAAAAGUGAAGGUUAGUGUUGAAGGGUCAAAAGGAUCUUUUGAAAUUGGAGGUGGUGAUUUAGUUGUGUUUCCUAAAGGAAUGAACAUUACAUGGGAAGUAACUGAACCUGUGAAGAAGCACUAUAGUUUGAAAAAAGAAUGAGCCUAUAAAUAUGCUAAUAAGCCUUAUUAUAUAUGUAACUCUUGUGGCCUAAUUAUGCUCUGUAUGAAUUUCAUGAAGUGAUUAUCAAACACUAUGGAUAUAUAGUUGCUAUAGUGAUUAACAUAAAGCCUUCACUUACAUUAGAUUAUACCAUUGAUUGGAAAUGUGUUCAUGGUGAUUGUGGAGAUCAUGCUAGUAGAUUCAUUUGGAGUUGCUCUAUGUCAAUAGGAUUUAAUGCCAAAAAAAGGCUUGAGUAUGUUUAUAU